AUGGCUUCCACGUCGAAGAAGGCAGCCGUUACGAAACCGAUUCUGAAACCGGUAAUGACUUUGAAGGGUCAUGGGGAGCGGAUUGGAUCCAUAUCCUACUUUCCUGAUGGUCAGCGAAUGAUCAGCGGAUCUCGGGACAAGACCACUCGGCAAUGGGAUAUGAAGUCGGGUAAGGAGCUUGAGGAAGCGCGGGGUGUUUGCGAUAAGGAGGUAUAUGCAGUGGCGGUAUCAAGGGAUAGUCGAUGGGUUGUUACUGCUGGUGGAAAUGACGAAACGUCAACCGGGGGGCUGGAAGCCUGUGAGGUCGAGACGGGGAUUGUGAAAGAAUUCGAAGGCCACUCAGAUAUAAUCACCUGCAUUGAUAUAUCCGUGGAUAGCAAGCUACUGGCGAGUGGGUCACUUGAUUCUACAGCGCGGAUAUGGAACUUGGAGACCGGCGAACUCGUGGCCGGUCCAUUCGAGAGUGUUCAAUACGCGGGCGCAGUUCGAUUCUCGACGGAUUCGAAGAAGCUCGCAGUAAACUCAUUCAUGGGGAAGGAGCUUCAGGUCUGGAAUAUCCAAAAACAGAAAUUGGAUGCAAGCAUAGGGAAACAAGGUGGAGGGAGUAUGACGAAUGCGCCCAUUUUCUGGACAAACAACAACAAAAACAUCGUGGCGGCAUUCAACUUCACGGAAGAUCUUGAUGCCAAGACAAUCUACGAGUUUGACGCCUUGAGCUCGACGUUGGAGACUGUCAGAACUCCCUUCGAAGGGCACACCGACCUCAUUCACGGUCUAGUACUUUCAUCCGACAACACUCUCCUCGCCAGUACUUCAGAUGAUGACACCAUCAAACUCUGGGCCUUCGAGUCCCGCCAACUCCUCGCUUCCUUCGACGUUCAAUAUCCUGAUUCCCUUGUCCUCUCACCUGACUCGCGCAAACUAGCUUACACAUAUUACGAUAACAACGACCAUGAGCAAAAAAUUUCUAUAUGCGAUAUUCCACCCAAUGUGCUUGCUCAGGCCCGUACCAGUGCACGCAAAAAGUCAACCCUCAAUGAUCUUCUAAAUUCUGACGCAACUCGUCAUCCUACUACCGUGCGCCACAGACCACCAAUACCUGUCAUACCUACGGCGCAGAGGACUCCGCCUAUAAUCGACCCGCAGCAACCUAUUUCGCUUCGCCUCCGCCAACUUUUUCGCUUCUCUCCUCGCACGAAUGCAGCUGUCCAACUUCAUAACCCUCUAGAUGUCCCUGCUACAUUACCCCUACCAUCCUCUCUGGGACAGGACGAAACUCGGUUUGAACGUUUCGAAAUAAGUUCUCCACCUCCCUCGAACGGUCCAGUCACGCAAUUCCUGCGACACCACCUUCCUUUCCUUGUGCCAAGGCACAGCAAUGGGCCACCAGUCAUGGAAGUCGCACCAGGGCGGAAGUUCAAUCGGCUGGUUGCUGCCAAUCUACCAGAAUACAGAAAAGUAGAUGACACCCGACAUCCGCCUCAGGCUAGAGUGCCGCAGGAUAACGACUCAUCUGACAACGAUUCACUCCCAGACGUGCACUGGUGCAAGGCGUUCCUGUGCUACUAUUCGUGCUGGUCUCAUGGCAGGCUGAGGAUGCCUCCUCGAUGGCGCUUGGAGCGCGUUGAGAGACCUCGCCAAGACGGCACGACAAAUGCCAGCUCUAGUGGUACUCGUGGUCAGGGUUAAUUUUGCGUACAUCCACUACAGUAUCCUUCAUAACUGACGAUUUCAUACUUAUAUAUUAAUUUUGCGCCAUCUGCGAUAUUCCGUGC